AUGUCAGACGUCAUUGAGAGACUUGAGGCUCUUGCGAAAUCCCCGCCCGAAGAUCCCGUUGCGCGACUUAAUCUCCAUAAUGCCGCUAAAAGACUCGUGGCAGCUACCGAAGAUCCGUCUAAUAUCAUCUGUCGCGUUAACGGUUCGCCCUUGAUCCUUACAUUUUGCCAAGUAGCUUGCGAUCUAAACAUCUUCGUGCACCUAACAGAGGCGCACUCUCCACUUUCCAGCAUAUCCCUAGCUGCCCUGUCGGCCGCUAGCCCGAAAUUCUUAAGUCGUGUCCUUCGUUUCCUAGCCUCAAAUGACAUAAUUCAAGAAACGGGCGAGGACGAGUUUACGGCAAAUGCAGUUACUCGUACCCUCGCUCGCCCCGGAUUCAAAGCGGGAAUUGCUCAUACAUUCAUGGUCGUUAUGCCUUGCCUUCAGGAGACACCAAAGUAUCUCGCCGAUACAAGAUAUGCAAAUCCGACGGAUGUAUUUCACAGUCCCUUCCAGAUCGCCCAUAAGACCGAUAAGCCGUCUUAUGUGUGGGGUAUGGAGCAGCCCGAGUUAAUGGCUAACUUCAAUGUAUGGAUGGCUGAGCAGCAUCUAGACCAAAAGACCUGGCUAGAUGUUUUCGAUUUCGCCCAACAUGUGGGAAAUUCUGCAGAUGAUAGCCUGAUAUUCGUCGAUAUUGGUGGUGGCAUGGGUCAGCAAUGUGCACUCCUGAAGGAGAGGCACCCACACGUCCUUGGUCGUGUAGUACUGCAGGACCAACCAUUUGUGAUACCUUACGCUGUUCCAGUGGAUGGAGUUGAAAAACAGGAAUUCGAUCUCUGGACCGAGCAGCCUCUAAAGGGGGCCCGCACAUAUUACAUGCGCAACAUUUUAGAGGACUACCCCGAUGAUAGGGCGAUGGUCAUCAUUAAGAAUACCAUGUCAGCCAUGUCACAGGACUCAGUUCUCAUUAUUGACGAGAUGAUUAUUCCGAAUCGCGGCGCGAAUCCGCGAUCGACACUGCAGGACUUGACCAUGAUGGCAACCUUGGCGUCGACGGAAAGAACCGAGAGGCAAUGGGACGACCUUCUUGAUAGAGCAGGGUUGGCUGUGCUGCAGAAGACUGCCUAUAAUGCAGUGACUGGUGAAAGUAUCAUCGUGACAACUCUACGAUAA